AUGGCUAAAUUUCCAGCAGGUCCUGAUUUGAGGAUUGUGAUGCUUGGAAAGACCGGUGUGGGUAAGAGUGCUGUUGGAAACACCAUUCUGGGAGACAGAUAUUUCAGAUCUUCUCCUUUAUCACGGUCAGUGACUGAGGUCUGUCAGAAAGGUGUGACUCAGUGGGGUAACAGGGUAGUUAGUGUUGUAGACACACCAGGGAUCCUGGACACUGCAAAAUCAAAUGAGUUCAUCAAAAGAGAAAUUGUGCGUUGUGUUGAAGUCUCCUGUCCCGGUCCUCAUGUGUUCCUGUUGGUCAUCCAAGUGGGUCGAUUCACCAAAGAAGAGAAAAACUCAGUAGAAGCCCUGCAGGAGCUGUUUGGCCAGGCUGCAAAUCAGCACAUGAUCGUGCUGUUCACUCGCGGUGGUGAUCUUGGAGGCAUGACCAUACAGGAGUACGUACGUGAAGCUGAGGAAGGACUUCGCCGCAUCAUCCAAAGCUGUGGAAACAGGUUCCACAUCUUUGAAAACACCAGCAAAGACAGAACGCAGGUGGUGGAGCUGGUCAACAAGAUUGAUGACAUGGUGGCAGCAAAUGGGGGCAAGCACUACACAGAUGCCAUGUACAAGGAGGUGGAGGCUGCAGGUAUCAUGGGACUUAAGGCUGUUCAGUAUGAGUUCCUUGAGGCCCUACUGAAGCAUGCCAACUGGGUUGACCGCCUUCCAUGGGUUUUACUGGGGUUGCGCUGCGCGGUUAAAGAAGACCUCGGGGUUUCCUGGCUGAACUUGUCCUCGGUGGUGCCGGCUCAGGCCCCCUGCUGUGGCCGUCCGCCUUCCACUGGACUGGACAACUCUGCUUCUUCCUCUGGGAGCGCCCCCCACCUGGCGGGGCCCGAGCUAUCUUCAGGUUUUCCUGACCGCCCAUGCCAACCUGGUCCUCAGGCUCGUUUCUCCUCAGCCAGCUCUCCACCUCCCCGGUUCAGCCGUUCUGGACGCUUGAUUAAAGCAAGGGUUCUGGACUAG